AUGGAGACCAAAACACUCCCUCUAACUGAUUUGCUAGAUGACACCAGGACUCGUAGUAAAGCUGCCCUUACUUACAAGCGUGGGCGCUGGCCAAGUCGACGACCAGACUGCAUGGCUCUGUUCUGCUCAGAAUCCAAUUAUAUCUUCCCACGUGUCCGUGUCCGUGUCGGUCCAGUACGGUCCACUCGACGUGUAGUUUUCACGCGUGUCUAUUUACCGAAGGUUUCUGACGCAAGUCAAAGUUUCCGAGGUGGUACUAGUGGAGUUUACCGCCAACAUACAUAUUCAGGGAUAAAAGAGGUGCUUACAAUGGCUUAUAAAGAAGGGGGAGUACGUGGGCUAUAUCGAGGCAUAGGUGAAGCUUGUGACAAGAAGGACAUGUUAAUCAAGUCUACUACUCAGAUCACAACGCUGCUUUGUGGUGGUAAGAGUCAUCAUGUUUAA